CUGGGGGGGGGGGGGGUGAAUAAAAAGAGAAAUAUUUCUGGGGAUGCUAGGGGACUGCCAGCCAGUCCAAACACAAGUAGGAAAUGUGGAAAAGGGGUCAGGAGAGCAAACCAGAAAAGCCGCUGUAAGUACCUUCCAUGUACCAGGCCCUGUUUGGAAGCCUUUCUAUAUGUUAAUUCUAUAUAUUAUGUUGUGAUGAUCUGUAUGUUCAUCACAACAACCCUUCGAGAAAAGUGCUAUCAUUAUUGUCAUUCUGUAAUGAAAGAACAGUCUGGAAGAGCUCCCAGGCCUGCCCAAGGUCACACAGCUGCUAACUGGAGGAUGCUCCUGCCCAGCACCCAGGCACGUGCCUCCCACUCUCUCACGCUGCUGACCCCCAGCCCUGCCGAGGGAAGAUUGUGUGCUAGCACAGACGUGGCCCAUACCAGUGUGAGGUUUGCAACCUCGUGUUUCUGUCCUACAAUUAACAGAAUAAUGAAACAAGAACAGAUGCAAGGCAAACUUCCUAUAAAAGUGUUCAAGGUGGGGGUGCUGAAUUUGGAGAGAGUUGCAUUGAAGAAAGUGUCGCUUCACCAGCUUCGACCCACUGGAGGCAGGGGAUGUAAUCGAAAGAAAUGCCUACUCUCCUGGACACCCAGUGGGAAGGUGGCGGAGGAGGACUCUUGUUCUGGCAAAUACCACACUGACAUCUCCUUCUGCUUAAGUCACUCUGCCUGCAGCCAACCACUGCCGGAAGGAAGGGUGCGCAGGACAUGGUUCUUUGGCUGUGUAUUGCCACUCUCAUUUUAUGGGCUGCCUGGGCAUUUGUUCAUGGCAUAACUAUGCCCACAGGAGGGCUCCAGCCACAGCAAGGAAAGCCUAAUCCCAGAUUUCGUUUGCUUUUUCCUUUACGGUGCCUACCAGGCAGGACCCAGGAACACCCCAGAAUCUGCACUUUGAGAAUGGAAAGAGUUCAGUGAAUGGAACAGUUGUGUAUCAAGCUGAGAAUAUUAAACCUGAGGAUUUUAACCUUCCAUGCACCUUGUCCUCAGCUCCCUGGGUUUUGCCUUCCUCAUAUGCAAGUUCAUACAAAGGCACUUAACUGUAAGAACUCCGAGGGUCCCCGCAGGUCUGGCGUUUAUCUGCUGGAAGUGUCAUUUCAGAGAGAAAGAGCUGAUCACCAGGGCCAACCAGCCUGGCCCCCCUCGAGGAACUGAGAGAAUUGGGGGCUCCAGCUUGAUGAGGCUUGAGAAGCAUUGGGCAUGGUAACUUUCAGACAAGUCUGAAUAGCAGACACCUUCCAGUGACAUCUUACUUGGAGUGAUAUUCCCGUUAAACAGAGCUCCCCUUGUUAGAAAGGAGAGGAUGUGGCACCCACGUCCCCCCUCCUCUUCGACCCAUGAGGAGACUAGGGAACAGGUUGAGAACCACUGAUGCAGCCCAACUUCUGCAUAGUUUUUUUCAUGUGAAAAAAACUAAGGUUUGGAGAGGGAACAAACAUGACUGGUGUAGGGUGUCUGGGGUUGUAAGGGACAAAACCAGACUUCAGCCCACUCAUGAAGAAGGAAUUAUCGAAAGAAAUCUGGGAUAGCUGCUAGAACUCAAGGGUGGGAAGGCUUUGGGACCCUGGAAACAGGGUUUUGUAUCCCCUCUUCUACAUGUGAACUACUGUCUUUCAUCCCUUUCAAAGCUAGUUGGGCUCUCCCCACAUUGCAGAAAACAUGGCCCCAGAUGGUUCUUCAGCUUUGCCUCUUACUGCUUCAUAUCUCCCUCCAUGUCCGGCACAAUCCAGAGGCUCAGGGAAGGGACUCAUCGGCUCAUUGUGGGUCAUGUGCCAGCCCUGGACUCCUUGACUAUGGCUGAAGCAUGGGGUCACAGAAGGGGGUAGGCCCAAGGGGGGAAGGGCAUUUUGCAGGACCUGAGAGGUGGGUGCUAAGCAGACAGGAUGAGAAGUAGUGCAGCACGACCGGAAGCUGGCAGCCAGGUUAUGCAGAAAGCUGCUGUCAGAACAGGCACUGGAGCCAGGCUCCUGCCCUCCACUUGGGUGCCUUUUUCCUUCAACCAUGUUGCACGUCCACAGUUACUAAAGAGCAGUGGCAGUGUCUAUGCUUCUGUACAAAAGUUAGAUAUGACUCAUACGUCCCUUUUGAACAAAACGCAUUCCUGACCUGGCCAGUUUCCAGAAACAGCCAAGGAUAAAGGAAAAAUGGAUUUGGCUCUAUUUGUCCAGUCCAGCCGCCUGGCCCAUUAAUCACCCCUCUCAGAAGCUAUAAAACCACACACUGGGUUCCAAGUGGAAAUGGUGCUGAUGGAGAAGAGGCUUAGUGAUGGCGGUACCCCCAGGAAGCAGUGUUCUUUGAAUGGGGCCCCAGUUAGAAGGUAGAACAAGUACCAGGAAGGUGGAGAUGGUUGAUUAGGGCCUGGGGACUGGACAAAGCCCUCCAGCCUGCAUUGUGAACUGCGC